CGGAGCAGGCAGCUAUGAGCGGGGAUCCGGGGCAGACGUCCGUAGUGCCCCCUCCCGAGGAGGUGGAGCCGGGGAGUGGGGUCCGCAUCAUGGUGGAGUACUGUGAACCCUGCGGCUUCGAGGCGACCUACCUGGAGCUGGCCAGUGCUGUGAAGGAGCAGUAUCCGGGCAUCGAGAUCGAGUCGCGCCUGGGGGGCACAGGUGCCUUUGAGAUAGAGAUAAAUGGACAGCUGGUGUUCUCCAAGCUGGAGAAUGGGGGCUUUCCCUAUGAGAAAGAUGUGAGUAUUUGCAGUGUUGGGAGGACCUCUGGGUCAUCCUACCCCAACAGUGCAUCAUCCUGUCAUUCCACAUCUCUGUCCUCUAGCUCAUUGAGGCCAUCCGAAGAGCCAGUAAAGGAGAACCCCUAGAAAAGAUCACCAACAGCCGUCCUCCCUGCGUCAUCCUGUGACUGCACAGGAUUCUGGGUUCCUGCUCUGUUCUGGGGUCCAAGCCUUGGUCUCCCUUUGGUCCUGCUGGGAGCUCCCCCUGCCUCUUUCCCCUACUUAGCUCCUUAGCAAAGAGACCCUGGCCUCCACUUUGCCCUUUUGGGUACAAGGAAGGAAUAAGAUUCCAUGGCCUUGGGGGCAGGAGAGAGACACUCUCCACGGACACUUCCCCAGCCACCUUAUACCCCCUUCCCAGGAUAAGUGCCCACAAAAGCCUGGUCCACUCUUCACCUCGGUAAUACCUGUCUGAUGCCACAGUAGAUUUUAUUUAUUUUCCCCAACCCAGGGCAAUGUCAGCCAUUGGCAGUAAAGUGGCACUACAAACACUAA